AUGUCGCUCCUCGACAGCCACCUGGAGCAAAUCAUGCUCUCCUCAAAUGCCAUUGCAGAGCUCCCCUUUCCCCCGCCGCGAAUGUUCACCAAUGCUCUUCUAGGCUCUCAUGAUAUUACCUCCCUGAUUCGCGACACAGAGGCCCAUGAACGGGCACUAUUUCAGACUGACCCAUCAGUAAAACCCGUCAGUUCGGCGCAGCGACGAGCUACCCGCCGCGGAACCCAAUUUCCACAGGAAACAGAGAAGGUGUCUAUGGCAAGUCGGAUAUACUCGGCCAGAAAUAAUAAGAACCAGUCCGCUGUGGCCAGAGUGUUGGGUUCAGAUAUGAUGGAGGAGAUCAAGCGAUCUGCCGGUCGGGGUCCGCGCGGGGAAGUCAAUGUUGAUGUCUUGCUUCGUGGCGCGGAUAUCCUCUGCAAUGUCUACCCCGUCGCUGGAGCACAGGAAAAGAUUGCGACUCUUCGCUACCGCCACCAAAUGAUUACCGAGUCGAUUACAGAUUUGGAAGAGCGUGUGGCUCGGAACGCUGCAGAGCUGGAACAAAUGAGCCAUUCCUACGACGAUGACUAUGACGACUUUGAUGCUGGGGACAAUCUCCAACCCGAGGUACCCGAUGUCACAGAUGCUGAUCUAGCACGGGAGAUGGAGGACAUUCGAGAGUUGGAGAGAAGGAAGCGAGCCCUAGAGGAUCGAGUUAACGGGAUGGAACGGGAUCUCGGUGGCUUGCUGGGCUGA